AUGGAAUACAGGUUCAAACAGAGAUCUAAAACUGCUGAGCGGAGAGCUAGAAAGUUCUCCACUGAUAAACUCACAAAAGACAAAAGUGUUUCUUUUAUGAAAUAAAUUCCUUAAAAAUCCAGCUCAGUAUAACUCGGCAAAUACUUUGAGAAACAGCAUAAUCCCGCAGUCUUUUACUAAAGGACAACGAUUUUUGAGUGCGGCAACUGGAGGAUCUCGUGCUGAAUUUAUUGACGUAUCCAGUAACUUUGGCUCCAAUAUUGCAAGUUCUUUUGGCCAUGGAUCAAAGUUUACUUUCAAAGCAUUAAACAACAAUCCCGGACCAGGGUCAUACGAAGUAUCCUCUAAGAGUCUUAAAAAGAAUCGGAGUCAAAUAAAAUGAACAUUUGGGAUCACAUACGACCAGAAGAAAACCUGAGAUAUUAACAAGAAUAUCAAAAUUUUCAAUUGGACUGCUCCUGGGCCAGGCUUCUAUAAUGAUAUCCUUUGUCAGAAGAAGUCUGCACCUAAGUUUACCCUAAAAUAGAAGGGAAAAGAGCUAUUUUGAUCAGAAAAGUCCUAAUCCGCCUCCAACGCAUUACACAUUAAAGGAAAAUGCUACAAAAUGCUCCAAAUUUUUGAAUAUUACCUUUGGCAAGGAUAUAAAGUCUACACUAAAAGAAAUUCCUCAGAGUCCAGGGCCUGCUGACUAUUAUCCUGCAAAACGAAGAAGGACUAGGUCGAUAGCAAAAUCAAGAAAGAGUCAUGCUAUCCAACUAAGACCAACUAGUAGAGAGUGUAGCUUUGCAGUCCCUUUGUCUGGAGAUCCUUUUUCUCCGAUGGGAGGUAUCAAGUCAGCCACAAAGGCUUUUAGAAGGAAAAGAGCUAAAGCUCAUGGGCUAAAUUUUAUUUAAGCCAUCAAUUAAGA